AUGACCUCGCGCAAGCGGCGCUCACCUUCCAUUAUGUCAGUUACAAAAUUGCCCUGGAGUGUCAGCGAUGUGUUUCAAGUCACGGUCCUUGCUGUAGCAACCCCAGAUCUUGUCAAGGAGGCCGUUGUAUUCAGGAUAUCCUAUGGGAAUGGCGGGAGGUUCGUUGGUCUUAUCAGACCACUCCCCCCCUCCCACAUGUCCCUAGGACCGCAGAGAAUGAUCUUCCUCUUCAUGCACUUUGCAAAUUUGCGUGCAGAUUCCAUCAGAGGGAGCGACACCAGGGGCAGUGCCAGCAACAAGCUGUGUGAGGUCAAGGGUGAGGUCAAGGGUGAGGUCAUUGGCAGGGGUAGAAUUGUGGGCAAUGACAAAAGUGCAAUAUGCACAAAGAAGGUCCAUUGUGAGAACAAAGAUGAGGUUGCCAUCCACAGAGAUGCGGAUCACACAAAGGAAGCAGCAACAGAGGAUGAGGCAAGAAGUGAGGCUACAAGCACAAUGGAUCAGCUCAAGUUUGGCCCAAACAUCAGAUGUGCAGAGGUCUGCCACGUGAACAGGAACACAUUCAAACCACUCAAACAACUGGAAAACACCAGCACAGUGAUACACAACCCAAGAACUCCAACCUGGCCCAAAACCACUCAACCCCUGUCCCCCAGCCAUAUCACAGCAUACAGCAGCAGGAAAUGUCUGGCCAUUGCAUCUCCUAGCCACUGUGAGGAACACCGGGAGUCUAAGAGGCUGACCCAGCCCCAGACAUGCAUCAACACAGAUGCUCUGCUCAGCCAAAUGCAGAUACAAGCCCAACUUGAAGCCCUCCGGCAACUUCAACCUGCCACCGAAGCUCCAACCAACUCCGAGAUGGAGCACAACCAUGCAGACGAGUACCAAGGCAAUUGGACCACGGAGAGGGACAACAAGCUAGUGCCAACAGCAGCAGGCCAGCUCAUUGUGCCCCCAUCUAUGGAUCGCCCUGUUCAGCUCACUCACGAGGAUGCUGUCGACUCUAUCAAACUUUGUUGUCUGUUUGAUAACAGCAGAUUGCUCAUAUUCUGGGUCAUCCGACCAGAAUUUGUUGUUGUCUAUGUAGACGUCAACACCAACACCAACACCGUACAUGUAUCUGUCAUGCAGACCAAUGCUAUGCACGAGGAUUGGGACACGAGGUUCCCAGCCACUUCCAUGUCAUCCACGGACAAGAUGAUUGAAGAUGACACUAUCGAAUCAGAUGAAGAAGAGCCCACACUGCCAAGGAAAAAACAGGCCACAGGUGGACCAUCUGCCACCUAUCCUGUAGCCUUGUCCUCCAUUCAUGGUAUUAGCGGUAGUACUUCCUGUCGCAAAGUCAAGCAGGAGCCCAAAGACGGUCAUGUCACCGCGAACCUGGAUGUCCCGGCUGAAAAGAGAAGCAAAAAGGAUCAGAAGAGGAAAUGA